AGCAACAACAGCAACAUCCGCCCGAGCCAUUUGGCAGCCAGCAGCCGUACAAGAAGCAGCGGUUAAGCGAGGCCAAUGCCAGCAACAUGAAUCACCUGCCACCACACCCGCAGCAACAGCAGCAGCAACACCAGGCACACCAGCGAUCCUCGCCAAUGCAACAGCAACAGCAACAGCAGCAACAGCAGCAGCAGCAGCAGAUGAACAGCAGUCGGCAGAGCCACAAUGAUAUGUGCCGUCAAGUGGUCAGCACACCGAUGGGCAUGCAACUCAAGGUGGAGACCCUGCCCCAGCAGCAACAGCAGCAGCAGCAGCAGCAGCAACAGCUGCACCAGCAGCAGCAACAUGCCGCACAGUCGCAGGGCAGAUCCCAGCCAGCGGUAAGCAGCAUGUCCUCCGCGGGCGUGUGUCUUCCCGCGGGCACCGUCACCGUUUCCACCGCGGGAUCGGCGGCGAGUCACGGCGGCGGCAGCGGCAUCAUCGGCAACGUUGCCGCCGGAACGGGAGGCUCCGCAUCCGCCAGCACAGAAGCGUACCAUCCUCAGGUGGAGGCCAUCUCGCCGACGCUGCCCAGCGACAGUUCGAUCGAGGAGCGGGGCAGGACGAGCGCCAAGGAGGACCUGCUCAUGCAGAUCCAGAAGGUGGACAACGAGAUCAAGUCCGCCGAGCUGAGCAUGGAGACGCUGCGCAAGAAGGAGAAGUCCCUCAUGGAGGAGGCCGCGUUGGCCAAGGAGCAGCAGAAGGCGGCCAAGGAGCUGAGCGAGAACAACAACGAUCGCGACGAGGUGGUCGAACUGGCCUGGCGCCGCCAAAUGCUGGCGGAGAAGAUCUAUGCCACCAACAGGAGAACUGCCCAGGCGCAACAUUCCAUGCUGCAGAGUGCAGCGGCCGAGGAAUCCUCGCCAGCCUCCAUGGCCGGUCGCCCGUGGCUGCCGCUGUACAACCAACCGCUCGACGUGGAGGCCCUCACUCUGCUCAUCCGCCAGCACCAGAACCAGGUGCGCGAACCCCUGCUGCUGCACAUCCGCAAGCUGAAGGCGGAGCGUUGGGUGCACAACCAGGGUUUGGUGGAGAAGUACACCAAGGAGCAGGCCGACUGGCAGCGCCGCUGCGAGCGGAUGGAGGCGAGUGCCAAGCGGAAGGCCAGGGAGGCCAAGAACCGCGAGUUCUUCGAGAAGGUGUUCACGGAGCUGCGGAAGCAGCGCGAGGACAAGGAGCGCUUCAAUCGCGUCGGUUCGCGCAUCAAAUCCGAGGCGGAUCUCGAGGAGAUCAUGGACGGACUGCAGGAGCAGGCGCUGGAGGACAAGAAGAUGCGCUCGUACGCCGUGAUACCGCCGCUGAUGCACGACGCCCGCCAGCGGCGGUGUGCGUACCACAACGAGAACGGACGCAUCGAGGACAUGGUGGCGGUGCACCAGCAGCGCAAGGCGCUGAACAUGUGGACCGCCGGCGAGAAGGAGACCUUCAAGGAGAAGUAUCUGCAGCAUCCAAAGAACUUCGGGGCGAUUGCGGCCAGCCUGGAUCGCAAGUCGCCGCAGGAUUGCGUUCGCUACUACUACCUCAGCAAGAAGACCGAGAACUACAAGCAGCUGUUGCGCAAGUCCCGCCAGCGGACGCGCAGUUCGCGCAAUCCCGCCAAGACGCCGGCGCCGCAGCCGCAGUGCAUCAUCGACUCGAUGACCACCGGUGUGAUGACGCGACUGCAGCGCGAGCAGCAGCAGAAGUCCGGCGGCCGCUCCUCCGCCGUUGCCGAACGCGAGCGGGCGGAACGCGCCGCCGAACGGGAACGCGUGGCCGAAAAGGCGGCAGCGGAUGCGGCCAAGGCGGCGGAAAGUGCCGCCGAGAAGGCGAGCGCCGCCAGCAAAGCGGUCGAAGCCACGGCCGCCGGUGAGAAGGUGGCCAAGGCGGCGGCUGCAGCAGCAGCGGCAGCGGGAGGAGCCACCACCGCAACAGCAACAGCAGCAACAGGAACAGCAACAGCAGCAACAAUAGCAACAGCGACAGCAACAGCAACUCCAGCGACAGCAGCAACAUCUGUGGAUAAAACGGAUGCUGGCAAAGCGGCGGUGAGUGAGAAGAAUGCGAUAGCAGGGGGAGCAACUCCUUCAGCAGGAGCAGCAGCCGCAGGAGCAGCAGGAGGAGCAGCAGCAGGAGGAGCAGCUGGAGGAGCAGCAGCUGGAGGAGCAGCAGUUGCGGGAGCAGCACCACCACAACCACCAGAGAUCUCAGCGGGCGGCGAGGCGAAGAGCAAGGCCGCCGAAGAGGAGGCGGCUGCCGCCACAGCAGGAGCAGCCACUGUGGCAACCGUGGGCACACCGGUGGCCAGCGGAGCCAGUGCAGCGAGUGCCGGCGAGGGAGCGACGACGGCAACGGGAGCCACAGCCACCUCCGCAGCGAAGGGAGCUGGCAAGGCGGACACCGCAACGGAACCUUCGGCGGGAACGGCGGCCAAGGGAGCCGAUGGCCGCGGCGAAUCCAUCGAUCCGCUGGCCAAGAGCGGCCAGACGAAGGCCCACAAUGCCGAGGGCUACAAUGCAACCGGUGGCAGUGCAACGAGCAAUGCAACAGCAACGGCUGCUCCGCCGCAGGGCGUGACCUUGAAUGGCUUCAAGCCGGGCUACCAGCCGGUGGUCAUGGCCAACGUGAAGGCGACUCCCGGCGCCGAGGAAUCCACGAGCGGUGGCGGCGGAGCACCUGGCUCUGGAGCGGCGACGAAUGCGGCGGGUGCCACAGCCGGCGAUAAAAUCGUCAAGACAACGCCGCCAACAUCGCGGACUCCUGCCAAUUCCACCUCGUCGACGGCGGCGGGUGAAGGUGGUGGUGCUGGUGGUGCUGGUGGAGUGCCCACUUUUGCCCACACCGCCACCACGGCGGGCAACUAUCUUGGCCAGAAACUGAAGGCCGCCCAAGUCGAGGGCUUGGGCGCCGGCAACGAUCUGCACUCGGAUGUUAGUGAGUCGAAGAGGAAGCGCUUCGAUGUGAACUCCGGUGAGGCGACUGGGAACGCCACGUCGGCCAAUUCGAUCGGCAAUAGCCACGGAUUGAAGGCGAAUGCCAAGGAUGCCGCGAUGGCCAAGGCAUCGCUGCCCUCCGCCUCCUCUGCUUCGGUGGUCACAUCGACGGCAGCGGCAGCGGCAUCGGCGGCCUCCUCCGGUUCCAUGCUGCUGAUCAGCGCCGCCUCCGUCAUGUCCACCGCCUCGGGCGGCUCAUCCCUGAGCACGGCGACCACCACGGCCACCGCUCCGGCGAUUUCCAUGCCUCUUCUGGCGGAUGGGAGCGGCAACUCGAUGGUCAACGCCUCCGACAUCCUCGCCCUCGACGGCAAAGACAAACUGGCCAGCUGUUUUGUGUGCAAGGCGGAGGCGUGUCCGCGCACCCGCCCCCUGAAGAAGGGGCGUGGCCAGCAGUACGGCAUCCCGGACGAAACGAUUCCGGCGGGGGCGCGCGUCUGCAACAGCUGCCAGUGCAAGUCGGUGCGCAGCCGCUAUCCCAACUGCCCGCUGCCGACGUGUCCGAAUCCCAAGGAUCGCGCCCAGCGCCUCCGGAACAUUCCCUCCCGUCUCUUCGAGCUGGCGCCGGACAUCCGGGAUCCGGUGAUGGCCGAGUUCCAGAUACCGCCGCACGCCACCCGCUGCUGCUCCGCCUGCCUGAUGCGCAUCCGCCGCAAGCUCGAUCCGCAGCUGAAUCUCACCGACGGCUCCGUGGGCGGCGGUGCGGGCAGCGGCAGCGGCGGCGACGAAACGGAUGUCAGCACCUCGUCGUGCGAUGAGCGGGAACCGGGCGGCUCGGACACCGCGUCCGUUGAGAGUCCCGAGAAUCUGCAGCGCCACAAAUCCCUGACAUUGGUCAAGCAACAGCAACAACAGCAGCAGCAACAGCAACAACUGCAGCAGCAGCAACUCCAGCAGCAACAGCAACUCCAACAACAGCAGCAGCAGCAACAACAACAGCAGCUGUCGCAACCACAACCGCCGCCGGCACCACAGCAGAAACCAUCAACACCACGCGGUGCGGACAACAAUGGAGGAGCACCACUGAUCAUCACUCCGACGAGGAUGAGCAGCAAGGCAGGCGGCGACAAUGAUCGCCUGCUGCCUCCGGCGGCUGGACAGGCGCCCAAGAAGCAGAAGACCAGCGAGGAGUACGACUCCUCCGCCACCGAAACGGCGGAUGAGGAGAACGAGAACUCGCCGGCGAACCGCCAGAGUCCCAAGGUUCUCUUCCACGGACACGGACAUGGACAUGCCAACAAUGUGGCCGGGUUGCAGCCACCGAACAACAAUAGUAUGGUGGCUGGUGGAGUGCCACCUGGCGGAGCAGCUGGACCAGGAGGAGCAGGAGCAGGAGCAGGAGCAGCUGGUGGUCAGCAGGUGAACGGACCGAUGGGCAUGCGACGCGAGGCGGUCAACAAUGUGCAGGAUUGUGUGUUCUCGGUGAUCGAGCGAUCGCUGAAGCACAAAGGCCCGCAGCCCAAAGGAGGUCAAGGUCAGCAGGGUCAAUCCCAAGGUCAGGGUCAAGGUCAGGCGCCCAGCCAAAGCCAAUCGCCAUCCCAACAGCAACAGCAACAACAGCAGCAGCAGCAACAGCAACAGCAACAGCAACAAACAGCCAACAAUUUGGAACGCAAGGAGUUGACAAUCGUAAGGGAGUACCGCCAGGAUCCAAAUAUCCUCAAGCAGCAGGUGGCCGGUGGAGCACCACCACCCACCUCCUCGGCGGGUGGCCUGCCACAUGGCACCUCCGUGCAGAAGCUGCCAUCCCGACCGGCUGCAGUGGCUCCACCGCCAUCGGCGCAUCCAAUACCGCCGACCAGCAGCACCGGAGGCACAUCCUCCUCCAUCGUCGGCGGUGGCGGCAACAACGGAACCAGCGACAGCCUGGCCACCCUCUCGGUGGUCAACUCCCACCUGGUGGGUCAGCUGGGUCAUCCCGGAAUGAUGGCCCAUGCUGCUUCCGCUGGAGGAGGCGUUGGUGUGGACAAGGCCACCAUUACACCGGUGGUGAAGGGCUCCGGAGGAUCUGCGAAGAGCGGUGGCGGUGGCUCGUCCACCCAUUCGACACCCACGCCGCCGGAGACGAUCAUCUACAACGUGCCCACGGCACAUCCACAGCGGGGCAUCCCUCCGCCGCCACAGCACUCGGUGCAUCCGGCGCAUCCCUCGCAGCACGGCCAGCAUCCGGCGCAUCCGCAGCACUCGCAACACUCGCAGCACUCGCAGCAGCAGCAGCAGCAGCUCCAAGUGCAGCAGGAGCCCGAACCGCAAACCCUGGACCUGAGCAUCAAGAAGACGCCACGCGACGGCCACUCACCGCACACGGGCGGCUCCUCCGGCGGAUCGAGUGGAUCCGGCUCGGUCACCGGAUCGAGUGGCUCGGGCGGUGCCUCCUCGUCGGAUCGCCAUCAUGGUCCGCCGCCGCCCGGCAUGUCGAUGAAGCACAUCGUCCGCUCCACGACCAUGUAUCGUGGCGAUGCCGUGAGUGUGCCCACGCUGGCGGGUCCCAGUUCGUAUCUGUACUCCACUCCGCCGCACGGCGUGCUCAAGGCCACCGGCGGAGUGGGCGUGGUGCCCGGCGUCCUGCCCGGCGUUCCCGGCAGCCCCCUCUAUCUGCAGCCCGUGCCGGUGCCCGUUCCCAUUUCGAUUUCCGGCCAGGGGCAAUUGCCACCGCGGGCGGGACAACCGCCGCCGGCACAACCGCCUUCGGGAAGGGGCGUGGCCAAGGCGCCGCCCAAGCUGAGUCCGCAGCAGGCCCACCACCUGCACCCCAGCCACGGCCACUCGCCCUCGCAGCAGCAGCAGCAGCAGCAGCAACAGCAGCAGCAACAGGCGGUCGCCCAGCAGCAGCUGCUGGUGAAGAGCGGCUCCAUCACCCACGGAACUCCGGCGAACAGCGCCCAGCAGCAGAUCAUCGUUCAUGCGGCUGCAGCGGCCGCAGCAAAGGCUCUGCUGAGUCCCAAGUACGAGGGCUUGGUGCGGCAGACCACGCCCGAGGGCGUCGGUGGUUCCCCGGCCGGCGGAGGAGCAGGUGGUCCGGUGGGCAGUGGCGGUGGUGGCGGCGGGAAGCAUGGAUCGAUCACGCAGGGCACUCCGCUCCACCUGCCGCCGCACCACUUGGAGAGCAAGCGGGCCUACGAGUUCUACAAGAACUCGCAGCGGCACAGUCCCGCCCAGCAGCCGGGUGGUGGCCAGCAGUUGCCGCCGCCGCCGCAGCAGUCGUCGCCGCAGGCGCCACCGCCACAGGGAUACGGCGUCGGCUCGCCCUACACGCGGUCGCCGUUCGGCGGGGUUGUGGAGCAGGCGCCGGUGCUGAGCACGCGCCAGAUCGUGAUGCACGACUACAUCACCUCGCAGCAGAUGCAGGGAGCGCAGCAGCAGCAGCAACAGCAACAGCAGCAGCAGCAGCGCAACAUGUCGCGUGGCAGCAGCGCCAGCGGCGGCGGCGGAGGCGGUGGCUCCGACAUGGAGUCGCCGUCGCCGCGGAACAGCGUCGGCAGCGCCGGUGGAUUCGCCUACGGCGGCGACAAGGAUCCGGCGCCCAGGGGACGGCCGGAGUACUCCAGUCGCGCCUCGCCAGCCGAUCAUGCCAACAGCACUCCCAGUCCGCAUCGCACGCCGCCGCCGCAGCGGCAAGGAGUGAUCCAGCGGCACAACACGGGCUCCAAGCCCCCAUCGCCGGCAGCUCCGCCGCCGAGCAGGAUGCACAUAGGAGCCCCGUAUCAGUAUGCUCCAGCUGGUCACGAUGCACUUGCCUCGUUUGUCGAUGUGGCCGUGCAGCAGCCGCAGUUGCCGGUGCCCUCGCAGAAGGAUGACAAGUCACCGGGUGCGGCACCGCCACCGGGACAAGUUCCCGUACCCGGAUCCGGACCAUCGCUCGGCGGUCCGCCAGCGCCGCCACCGCAUGCAAUGGUGGGCGUGGCCCAGCCACCGCCGCCGACGGCCCAUCACGAUCUGCGGUACCGCGACCUGGCGCUGCACCACCAUCACACGAUGCAACAGCAGCUGGCGCAGCAGCAGCACUACCGCAGCCUCAACAUGGCCGCCCAGGUGGACAUGCAGCGGCACAUGGACCAGACGAAGCGCGCCAUGCGCCACCAGCAGCACCAGCAGCACCAACAGCAGCAGCAGCAGCAGGCGCAGCAGGCGGCGGCCGCCCAGCAGGCGGCGGUGGCCCAGCAGCAGCACAGCCACGCCCUGGAGCGGGACCUGCAGGAGCGGAUGCGCGAACGCGACCGCGAGCGGGAAAGGGAGCGCGAGCGGGAGAGGGAGCGCGAGCGGGAGCAGCGGGAGCGCGAGCGGGAACGGGAGCGGGAGCGAGAACGGGAGCGGGAGCGACGGGAACAGGAUCGCGAGCGGCGCGUGGUCGCCGAGGAGCGGGAGCGGGACAGCCGGCGCAUGGAGCGCAUGUUCGCCGGCGGUGUGGUCACCGCGUCCGGUGGCGCCGGUGGCGGGGGACCCUCGCCGGCGCAGUACAUCCGUGCUCCCGUUCCGGAGGCGGGGCCACCGCGCUCCAUUCCGGAUCGCGAGCGAGAAACGUACUAUCGGGCAGCCCACGCCGGUCCCGCACCAGAGGACACUCCCGGGCAGCUGAGUGCCCAGAGUCUGAUCGACGCCAUCAUCAAGCACGAGAUCAAUCGGAACAACGAUGCCACCGCAGGUCCUGGCCGCGAGUUUCCGCGUCCCACCUUCGUCCACGCUCCACCACCGCCACGCGGAUCUGGAGGAGGUGGCGGUGGGGCCGGGACACGAUCCUCGCCGGCCAACGUCAUCCAUCCGAUGUACCUGCGCGAUCAUCGCCAGCCGCACGAAGGCGGCGCCGUUUCCCUGCUCACCGCCGAGAACAACGGCAAGCCGAGCUCCUCGGGAUCGCCGAGUGUGAUCAACAUCGAUCUGGACCAGGAACGCAUCUCGGCGGCAGCUGCAGCAGUUGCGCAACAGCAGCAGCAGCAGCAAGCUCCGCCGCCCUCGUCGCAAUCCUCGCAAUCGAGAUCCGUUCACGGCCAGCUGAGGACUCCCACCUCGCAGGCCGGCGGAUCGGCUCCGAGUCCCCAGCAGAUCCACACGAAGAGCAUCACCUUCGGGGAGCUAACCGACUCGAUAAUCACCAACGACUACGGCACCAAUCCGCAUCUGCGGCCGACGCCGCCGUUCAUAUCCUAUCUGCAGGAGGCGCAAUCCAUUCUGCCGCCGGAUCGCUGGAAGCAGAACCGCCGUUUGCAGCAAAAGGCCGAGGAGGCCAAGCACCAUUCGCAGCAGCAGCAGCAGCACGCGCAACAGCAGCAGCAGCAGCACCAUUCGCAGCAGCAGCAGCACCAUGCCCCGCCGCACCAUCCCCAGAUGCCGGGCAGUGGCUCCGGUGCGGCGCCAGGUGGCGGCGGCCAGAGUGGGGCACCCGGUGGCCCCGGCAGCGCUGGCAGUGGCGGCGGCGGCGGCGGCGGUGGUGGUGGCGGUGGCCGGGCCAAUACCCCCGGUGAAGAUGGACGCAACAUAAUCCGCAUGCCGCAGGCGGUGAGUCCGCGCAAGUUCAACCACGAGAUGAUGCUGCACCAGGUGAUGGGCGCCGCAGCGGCUGCCGGCGGAGAGCCGGGCCACUACUUCCUGCCGGCGCCAGUGGGUCGAGUGCCGCUGCUGCCGGAGCAGCGUGGCGGGCCAAGUGGCGGCGGCGGUGGUGGGGCGCCCGGUGGCGGAGGACCGGGAUCCGGAGGCGGUGCCAGCACCAUCGACAACUAUGUGAAGAAUCGCAUUGCCGAGGUGAUGCGCGAUGACAUUGGCUACGUGAAGAACCGCACGGUGGAGGUUCGGUCCGACGAGGAGGUGGCCGAACUGGUGGCCCACUCGCACGCCGCCGUCCAUGCCGCCCAUGUGGCGCACGUCGCCCAUGUGGCCGCCCUGGAGCUGCAGCACCGCAGCAAGGAGCCGCCGCCGCCGGAGAUCAGUGUGUCGCGCAAGACGCCCAACCAAUACGAGGUGGUGGACGCCAGCGGACGGCGCUCGGCGGGCAGCGGUUCCGUCUCGGUUUCCGUUUCCGGUGCCAACAGCCACCACUCGCCGUACCAUCCGCCGCCCUCGGCCUACGCCCCCAGCACCUAUGCCUUCCCCUACAGCGCCCUGAACGUUCCGAGUGCCGCGGGCGGACUGCAACCGCCGCAGCCGCUCCAGCUGGCCGCCCAUCAGGCGGUGGCGCCGCCAGGACACUUGAGCGCCAAGGCCAAGGCUGCGCACGCGCUCAGUGAACUGGGCGCCGCCGGCGGCGGUGUGUCGCUGGUGGUGGGCGGUGGCGCCGGCGGAAUUGGCGGCGGACCCGGUGGCGUUUCAGUCGGUGGCCCCGGCGGCGGAGGCGGUGGUCCAGGCGGUGGUGUGGGAGGUGGUGGCGGUGGCGGAGGCGGAGCCGGCGGAAUCAAUCCCGGUGUCUCGGCUGCGGUGGCUGCUGUGGCAGCGGCCGCAGCUGCUGCAGCGGCGGCCAGUGAACCGAAGCCGCUGCUGUCCUCCAAGUACGAGGCCCUCAGCGACGAAGAUUAGUUGUGACUGCCGGCGUCUUCAUCGGCGUCGGCGUCGCACCUGCGGCCAGCAGCAAUAGCUGUAGCAUCAGCUCCCAGCAGCAGCAGCAACACAAACAGCAGCAGCAGCAGCGGCAGCGGCAGCACGAGCGUGGUGUACGGCUAUCCUGGCUACCGGCGACACUCCCAGCAUCAGCAGUCACAACCAACACAUCCGCAUCUUGUCCAGCAGCAGCAGCAGCAGCAGCAGUCGCCGCAUCGCCAGCAGCAGCAGCAGCAGCAACUCUAUCAAACCUCAGUGUUGCCGCCUCCGUUGCAAUCGCAGCAGCAGCAACUGCAGCAACAUCAACUCCACCAGCAGCAACAACAACAGCAACAACAACAGCAGCAGCAGAGGAGUCUCUACUAUGCCAGUGAGCAUUAUCCUGGAGGCAACGGAGGCAGUGCUGCCGGCGGCAAUCCAAGCUACUACUGACAGCAAUACUAAUUGCAGCAGCAGCAACAACGACAACAUUUAGCAGCAGCAGCAGCAGCAGCAGCAACACAAGCAGCGGAUGUAGAUUUACCACUAAGCAUAAGCGAUUUAAACGGACAAGAAGCCCCAAGCUAAGCAAACAAAACAUUUAAAAAACAAAACAAAACAAAAAUGAUAAUGGCUUUAAACAAAAGAAAGAAACAACAGCAAAAACAAUGAUAAACAAGCGAGUAAAGAGGAGGGAAACGCAGCAGGAAAUCGAGAGAGAUAACGAGAUGUGAGACGGCAGGCAGGAUUAUGUCCAGAACAAAAACAAAUUAAAAACAAAACGAAAUGUGUAUUUAGACAUUUUCAAAACUGUUCAAAUAAACUAUUGUGUCAGCAAGUUAAAACAUAUAUAUAUAUAUUUAACAAGUUUUUAAACAAAUUUAUUGAUUUAUACUCUUCGAACAAUUGUGACUGCAAGAAAAAAGGAGAGAUUUAGUUAGCAUUUUUUUUUAAUAAAUUGAUUGUAAUAUUUAGAAAUCCACAAAGACUUUUUCAAAUCUUUUUCAAAGCAAACAUUUAAAACGGAGAAUUUUGAAUUGUAUAUAAUAAAAGUGCUUAAGAAUAGAGUUUUGAUCGUGCAAACUUUGAUAGAUUAAAACCAAAUCUGAACCACCUGUUUCUCAUGAAUCUUAUUAGGGACACACGCGAGACCCAAAAGCCGAAUUCGUGUCCUAAUUUUCGCUUAAAUGUACUUGUGUUAUUCGUGUGGCCGUGGGUGUCCUUGUCCAAGUCCUUUCGUGUGGCAUCACUAGAUGUUUCCUCCUCCUUACACAGCUCUCAGUCGGAACGUAAUUAAAGAAAAUCGGUAGGGACAACAAUAUAGAUAUAUGCAAAACCCGAAUCACACCACACACAUAUAUAUACAAUACACCUAUGAUUAUAAGAAAUAAACAAAAUAAUAAAAACA